AUGGUGAGUUGGAUAACAGCAAUAAUUGUGCCAAGCUUAACGCAUCUGCAGGCUAAUCUCCCUAAUCUGCGACGUCUCUUCGUUGAAGCGAGGACGGAGGCCGAGGAGAACGAGUACUCGCGGACGGCCUUUUAUAAUCUUGUUCUCUUCAUAUCUUCUGUCGCCGUCUUCAGCUUAGCCGCCCAGCGCAUGAGCGGGCCGAAGACUGGGCGAUGA